GUUUCCACGAACGUGCUCCGUCUUGCUUCUCCAGUCUUUACAAAGAUGCUCAGCACCUCAUUCCGCGAGGGACAAAGGCUAAUAUCAGAAGAACUACCCGUGAUUGAACUAGGGGACGACGAACCGGAUGUAAUGGAACUGAUCCUCCGGGUCCUCCAUUUUCAAGGCAAUAGCACAGACCACGAAAUGACCUCUGAAAGACUGGCACAGGUUGCACUCCACUGCGACAAGUAUGACUUGACUAGGUCUUUGGGGCCUUGGGUAAUCACGUGGUUCCGCAAUGUGAGUGGAAUUAGCAGCGAUGCUACUGCGUUCGGUUUCCAGGUACUAGCUGCCUACAUGUUUGGCGACCGCAGGGAAUUCAGAGAUAUUUCCAGAGCAGCCGUCUUACAGCUGAACUUGAUGUUCCCUGUAAAAUGGAAGGAAGAAGCACUGUUAUCAAUCUUGCCUAUAAGUGUGACUAACUCCAUAAAGAAGAGGAUACAACGAGUUUUGAACGAGCUCGAAGCCGUCUUGCAAUGCAUGGAACGUAUAAUACGUGACGAUUCUAGAUGCUAUAACACCUGGAAGCUUCUUUGUACCGAAUGUGGGCGGAACCUUCCGGGCGAGGCAAAGCGGUGCCAUCCAUGUCAAAACACUCAGCUUUUAGCGGUUUACUGUACAGGGCAGACGAGAGUGGCUCAGUAUUUUGAUGUCUUGCGUGCCGUAGAGCUAUGGCCUACUGUUGGCUACUUUGCGGCUUCCUCUGUUUCCCAAAUCUCGCUGCGAUUC